GAAUAGGAAGUAUUCAAAAUGGGCAAACAUUAAAAUAUUUUGUAAAGAAAAUAACUUUGAAAUCUCUAAAAUCUGAAGAGACCAAUGGUUUAGAAACAUUUCAAGAUUCCUUGCACUGACUUUCCUGAUUGUCAAAAAUGAAUAAAAGAGAGAUAAGUAUAUGUCAGCAAACUCGGGCUCUUCUGUAUAAGAAUGUCAUUAGAAAAUGGAGGAAUAAAAGAGAAAGUUUGUGGGAAUUGUUUGGCUCUUUGCUUUUAAUUCUUCAUUUGUUCCUAUUUUCAACAAUUGAAGCUCAGGUUUCCGAAAUGCCUCCUGUGGAGCUUGGGCGCAUAGAUAAAUUUAAUGAUUCUGAUUUUGCAAUUGCAUAUACACCUGUCUUCGAUACAACUCAACAGAUAAUAAAUAAAAUAAGAGCAACUUCUUUUAUGAAAGGAAUAAAAGUAUUUGAAGCUGUAAAUCAAGAAGCCAUGAAUGUAAUAAUUGACCAGAACAGGACUGAAAUUGUAGGGAUCAUCUUUCAUGAUACUUUCUCAUAUGAAUUAAAAUUUCUUCUGGGAUACAGACUUCCAUUUUUUGAGGAAAACAAAGAUCUCGCAGCUCAUUGCUAUGAAUAUUAUCAAGGCACCAAAUGUCUUCUUGAAAACUAUUGGAAUAAUGGUUUUGUUGCAUUUCAAGCCGCCAUAAAUGCUGCUAUUAUAGAAAUCACAACAAACCAUUCAGUGAUGGAUAAAAUGAUGGCACUCAAAGGAAUAAAAAUGAAGAUGUUACCUUUUAUUUCUAAAGGCCUAAUUAUCAAUGAGCUCAUUAGUUUCUUCUAUAUAAUUUCAUUUACCCCACUGAUAUACUUUGCAUCAGUCAAUGUUACAAAAGAGAGGAAAAAAGCCAAGGAAUGGAUGAAAAUGAUGGGUCUCCAAGAUUCAGCAUUCUGGCUUUCCUGGGGUGUGCUGUAUGCUGGAUUCAUCUUUAUUAUUGCCACUUGUUUGGCACUUACCAUAACAUGUUUUGAACUUGUAAUUGUCACGGGCUACUUUGUGAUAUUUAUUCUGUUCUUUUUCUAUGGUCUCUCCUUGGUAGCUUUUGCUUUCCUGUUGAGUGUUUUGAUAAAGAGACCUGUACUUAGUGGCUCAAUCACACUCUUCCUUAUUGCUCUUUGGGGAUGUUUUGGACUUAUUUCAUUGCAUAGCCGGCUUCCUGAAUCUUUGGAAUGGAUUUUAUGUCUCUUGAGUCCCUUUGCUUUUACUCAUGGAAUGAUCCAGAUCAUGUGGUUGGACUUCGACUUGAAAGGUUUUACUUUCCAUGACCCCACAGGGAGAUCACAUGUGUUAAUAGCAACAAUUUUUAUGCUGGUUUUUGAUACUAUCCUUUAUUUAGCAUUGACACUUUAUUUUGACAAAAUCUUACCACGUGAAUAUGGAUACUGGCAUUCUCCCCUGUUUUUUCUAAAGUCUCGACGUCAACAGCACAAAGUCCUAGAGAAUGAGACCAGUCCUGAAUAUAGCUCUGACUUUUUUGAACCAAUAUUUCCAGAAUUCCAUGGGAAAGAAAUCAUCAGAAUCAGAAAUAUCAGAAAAGAAUAUAAAAGGAAUUCUGAGAAAGUAGAAGCUCUGAAAGGUUUGCAAUUGGAUAUCUAUAAAGGCCAGAUCACUGCAAUACUUGGUCACAGUGGAGCAGGAAAAUCAACACUGCUAAAUAUUCUUAGUGGACUGAUUGUUCCAACAGAAGGCUCUGCUACCAUCUGUAACAAUGAACUGUCUGACAAGGCUAAUUUGCAAGAAAUCAGAAAGAUAAUUGGUGUUUGUCCACAAUUCAAUAUACAAUUUGACUUCCUCACUGUGAAAGAAAAUCUCAGGCUAUUCGCUGAAAUUAAAGGAAUUCAGCCCCAGAAGGUAGAAGAAGAGGUACAAAGAGUUGUUACAGAAUUGGAAAUGAAAAACAUUCAAAAUAUCAUCGCAGAAAACCUAAGUAGUGGACAAAAAAGAAAGCUGACCUUUGCGAUUGCCAUUCUAGGAGAUCCUCAAGUUUUGCUGUUGGAUGAACCAACUGCUGGAUUGGAUCCUUUUUCGAGGCAUCAAGUAUGGAACAUUCUAAAAGAACGUAAAUCAGAAAGAGGGAUCCUCUUGAGUACCCAGUUCAUGGAUGAGGCUGAUAUACUGGCUGAUAGAAAAAUAUUUAUUUCCAAUGGACAGUUGAAAUGUGCAGGUUCUUCUCUGUUUCUGAAGAGGAAAUGGGGGAUUGGAUAUCACUUAAGUUUGCAAAAAAAAGAAAACUGUGACUCAGAGACAAUAACAUCUCUUGUUAAACAUCAUAUUCCUGAUGCCAAAUUAAGGGAAGAAAGUGAAGAAAAGCUUGUCUAUACAUUGCCCUUGGAAAGUACAGACAAAUUUCCAGAUCUUUACAGAGAUAUUGAUGGUUAUAAUGAUCAAGGAAUUAUGCAUUAUGGUGUUUCUAAGACAACUUUGAAUGAAGUAUUCCUAAAAUUAGAAGGAAAAGAAGCAACUGAUGAAGCAGAUUUUGGCAAUUGGUUACAGGCUCAAGCAGAAGUGACAAGAAACUCUGAAGACUUUGUUGAACUUGACCAGGCUCUCUCUUCAUUUCCUGGAAGGAGAAAGGUGACACUUAGUCCCAUGGCUCUGUGGAGACAACAAGUCUGGGCAAUAGCAAGACUUCGAUUCUUAAAACUAAAACAUGAUAGGAAAACUUUUCUGACUCUAUUAUUUCUGUUUGGAGUGGCUUUGGCACCUUCUUUUUUAGAAAAGGUGCUAAAUAAAAUACUUCAACAAGAGAUUUCUUGGGGACUUUCGCCUAAAAUGUAUUUCCUCUCUCCUGGACAAUAUCCACAAAAUCCACUCACCAGCCUAUUAAUCAUUAAUAACACAGGGUCAAACAUUGAAGAUUUUAUAGAUUCUUUGAAACACCAAAACAUAGCUCUGGAAAUAAAGGAUUUUAGAAAUAAGAAUGGCACUGAUGAUCCAUCAUACAAUGGAGCUAUCAUUGUAUCAGGUACUAAAAAGGACUAUGAGUAUUCAAUUGCAUGUAACACCAAGAGACUGAAUUGCUUUCCUGUGCUUGUGGACAUCAUUAGUAAUGGACUUCUUAAAAUGUUUAAUUCCUCAAAGCAUAUUCAAACUGAGAGAAGUGUAUUUCCUUUUGAUUCUGUAGAAAUUAUGCUUACUUCUAUAAACAGCGAUUUCCUCUGGAUAACGUUGGCCAAUAGUAUUUCUCCUUAUAUUGCAAUGAGCAGCAUCUAUGAUUACAAAAUAAAAGCUCAAUCUCAACUAAGGAUUUCAGGCCUCUACCCUUCUGCAUAUUGGUGUGGCCAAGCCCUGGUGGAUAUCCCCCUAUACUGUUUGAUUCUCUUUUUAACACUUAUCUUAAUGUAUGUUUUAAACUUCAGUCUAGUCAUUGAUUCUUUCCAUUACUUUGGGAUCAUAUUUGCUCAGAUCCUGUCAGGUAUUGGUUAUACAGCAUCUACUAUCUUCUUCACAUAUAUGAUUUCAUUCAUCUUUUGCAAGAAGAAAAAAAAUAGUAGCUUUUGGUUUAUUUGCUUCUUUAUUGUAUCAAUAAUACUGAUAAAUGUUUACAUGAACUUUAGCCAAAUGAUUCUCUGCAUAAUAUUUAUACCUUUUUUUACACUGAUUGGCAUUUUUGGACUUCUUUUAGAGGUCUAUUAUGCAGAGAGAUACCCUAGAUAUAGGGGAGAUGACAUUAAUAAAAAUUUAUUCUUCAUUAUUCUCAUACCUUAUCUCCAUUGCAUCAUUUUUGUUUUUGUUCUGCGAUACCUCGAAAAAAUGAAAUAUGGAAAAAAAUUAGCAAGAAUGGACCCUAUAUUCAGAAUUUUUCCAUCAAGUAUUGAUGCAGGUCCCAAUCCUGAAGAACCAGAAGGUGAAGAUGAAGACAUUCAGAAAGAAAGGGAGAGAACAGCAAAUGCAUUGACUGUUUCAAACCUUGAUGAGAAACCCAUUAUUAUUGCUAGCAGUCUACGUAUGGAAUAUGAAGGCAAGAAGAAAAGUUGCUUUGCAAAGAAAAAGAAGAAACUGGCUACACGAAAUAUUUCUUUCUGUGUUAAAAAAGGUGAAGUCCUGGGGCUGCUAGGACACAAUGGAGCUGGCAAAAGUACAGCAAUUAGGAUGAUAACUGGAGACAUAAGUCCAACUGCAGGAAAGGUGGUGCUAAAAAGGAGUGGUACCUCCAUGAGUGAAGAAGGAAAUGACAUGCUCCAAUUUCUUGGCUACUGUGCUCAGGAAAACUCACUGUGGCAAAAUAUUACAGUGAGAGAACACCUGGAGCUGUAUGCGGCAGUGAAAGGGAUGGCCAAAGAAGAUGCUUUCAUUAUGAUUUCACGAUUAGCAGAUGCUCUCACACUUCAGAAAUACAUGAAAUCUCCAGUCAAGCAAUUGCCAGCAGGUAUAAAACGAAAGCUGUGUUUUGCACUGAGUAUCCUGGGAAAUCCUGCCAUAGUACUUCUGGAUGAACCUUCAACUGGAAUGGACCCAGAAGGGCAGCAGCAAAUAUGGCAAGCAAUUCGAGCAACCUUUAAGAACAAGGAGAAUGGUGCUAUCCUAACUACACAUUAUAUGUCAGAGGCUGAGGCUGUGUGUGACAGAGUGGCCAUCAUGGUGUCAGGACAGCUACGUUGUAUUGGUUCUAUCCAAUAUCUGAAAAGCAAAUUUGGCAAGAAUUAUUUACUGGAAAUAAAAGUGAAGGAACCUGAGCAAAUAAGGCCCUUACAUGCUGAGAUUCUGAAGCUUUUUCCAAGAGCAGCUCAGCAAGAAAGGUAUUCCUCUUUGAUGGCUUAUAAGUUGCCUAUGGAAGAUGUUCAACCUCUAUCCCAAGCCUUUUCCAAAUUAGAGGCAGUCAAAUGUACCUUCGAUCUGGAGGAAUACAGCCUCUCUCAGUCUACUUUGGAACAGGUCUUCCUAGAGUUGUCAAAGGAUCAGGAGCUAGGAGAUUUUGAAGAAGAACUGGAUACAACAGUAAAAUGGAAACUCCUCCCACAGGAAGAGCCUUAAAGGAUCAAACCUUCUAUAUUCUUUUUAAGCUCAAUAGAAUCAUUUGUAAUCCAGUUAAUUUGGCUUAUUUAUCUUAUAUUUUGUUAUAAAAAUGAGUUAGUCAAAUCUUUGAGGGACCAAAAGGUAGCAGAAGUUAAGGGAGAGAUAAUUCAAGGCAUCUGUAACAGUCAAUGUAAAUGCAUGGAGUCAGAAUAUAGAAGGUUUUGUUUAACAGCAAUAAAAACAGUAUCAUUUGAAAUUUUUUUCUAUUUUAGUCCCAAUCAAAUCCUUAUUUUCUACAAGAAUCAUUUCCUUAUUACUUUUAAUUAUAGGGCCUUCCUUCUGUUGAUUGUCUCCAAUUUAGUUUGUAUAUAUCUUGUUUUCAUUUUUUUUUUUUACAUAUUAUCUCUCUGUUGAAUUCUUUGAGAGCAAGAAUUUUAUUUUCUCAUGCUUUGUGUUCCUUGAGCUUAGAACAAUGCCUGGAAUAUAGUAAAUGAUUAUUAAAUGCUGGUGAUUGAUUAAAAAUAAUAAAAUCAUAUGCCCAUAGAA